AUGAAUGGUGAUACUGAUGAAACAAAUAAUAAUGAGCAUUGUUCAUCGUCAAAUAACACAACAUCACCAUCAUCUAAUACUCCGCAAAAUCAACAAAUAAUCACUCUAACUUCAUCAUUUUUUAAUGAGGAUACUAUUGUGACACAAAAUAACAUGAAUACAACAAUUAAUAAUACAAGUGAAGAAAAUUUAUUGACAAUUCCAAAUCAUAAUGAAGAAAAUCCAAUAAAUAAAUCAUUUAAGAGAAAAGUAGUGUCAUUUAGUGCAAUGCCAUUUGAAAAAAAAGUUGCUGAUGUUUAUGAUUGUCUUCGUUAUAUGCAAGAAGGAAGUGAUUUUCUUAAAGUUCGUUCAUAUGUUCGACAAUUUCGUCGUUUAUAUAAAUUAAAUGAUGGUUUAACUGCAAUAAGUUGGUAUCCAACAUCGAAAAAACCAUCAAAAGCAAUUAUUACAAUUGAUUCAAUAAAAGAAGUACGUUUAGGAAAAACAACUGAACGACUUCGUGAACAUGCACAACAAUUUGAAAAUGAAUCAAUGUUUUCUAUUAUUUAUACAGAUGGAAAUAAUGAUUAUGUUUCAUUAGAUCUUGUUGCAAGUAGUGCUGAUGAAGCAAAUAUUUGGGUAACAGAUCUUGAAGAUCGUCAAAAAAUGCGUGAUAAAUGGUUACGUGAUGCAUUUGCUGUUGGAUUAUCAUCAACAAGUGAAUCUGAACAAGUGAAUCAUAAUGAAUAUCAAACACUUAGUGGAAAAAAUUCUAUUGAUGAAGAAGAAGCUGUAAGAUUACUUGGAGAUUAUGGAAUUUCUGGAGAUAAAGCUAAACUAAGAUUACAAGAAAUUCAAACAAGAAAACCUGAUGAUGUACGUGGACUUUUUUCUCCUGAAGAUCUUGUUGAUGUUUUUAAAAAACUUUCAACUCGACCAGAAAUUUAUCAUCUUUUAGUCAGAUAUUCUCGUAAUCAAGAUUUUCUUUCAACAGAAGAUUUUACAUUAUUUCUUGAAGCUGAACAAGGCAUGUCAAAAGUAACGCAUGAAAAAUGUUUAGAAAUUAUACAAAAAUUUGAGCCAUCAACUGAAGCGAGACUUUUAGGACAUUUAGGUAUAGAUGGUUUUACUAAUUAUCUUCUAUCAUCUGAAUGUGAUAUAUUUAAUGAAAAUAAUAGAUCAAUAUGUCAUGAAAUGGAUCAUCCACUGAGUCAUUAUUUUAUAGCUACAUCUCAUAAUACAUUUCUUUUGGCUGAUCAAUUGAAAGGUCCAUCGAGUGCUGAUGGAUUUAUUCAUGCUUUAAGACGUGGUUGUCGUUGCUUGGAGCUUCAUUGUUUUGAUGGAUCAGAUGGUCAACCAUUAAUACAUAAUGGAACAUUAACAUCUCGUAUACCUUUAAGUGAAGCACUUCAAGUUAUUAGUAAUUAUGGUUUUGAAAAAACAAAUUAUCCAUUAAUUUUAUGUAUGGAAAUACAAUGUAGUAUUAGUCAACAAGAACGUAUAGCUCAGUUAUUAAUGGAAAUAUUUGGUGAAAAACUUUUUCUUAAUCAUCUUUCAUUAUCAGUUAAUACGGAUAUGAAUUCAAGCAAAUAUCGACCUCUUCCAUCACCAAAUGCGUUACGUGGAAAGAUUAUUAUUAAAAGUAAAAAAUUACCUCCUGGCUUUUCUAAUGAAUUUAAUAGAGAGUAUGGUGAAAUAAUAGAUGAUGAAGAUUGUUAUGAAGAUAAUAAAAGACGAUCUAAAAAGGAAUUAAGUAAUAAAAAACAUCGGAAAUUAUCUCGUGCUUUUUCUGAUCUUGUUUGUGUACUUCGUUCCGCACCAUUUGAAGAUUUUAAUACUGCAUUUAAUGAGCAACAAUCUGAUCAAGUAUGUACAUUCAGUGAAAAUGCUGCUCUUCGUUUAGCAACAAGUGAUGCAGAAGAAUUUAUUAAUUAUAAUAAACUUUUUAUAUCACGUGUUACUCCUGGAACAUGGCGUGUCGAUUCAUCAAAUCUUAAUCCACAAGAUUUUUGGAAUGUUGGUUGUCAAAUGGUGGCAAUGAAUUAUCAAACUGCUGGAAAAUUUAUGGAUGUAUAUUUCGGUCGUUUUCUAUCAAAUGGUGGUUGUGGAUAUGUUCUUAAACCGAAUUAUUUAAGACCUGAUAAUACAGUGAUAAAUGCAACAUCAUCAUCAGCUACAGCUGGUAGAUUAUCUACUAAUGUUUAUUCAUCUAAUACACCUCAAAUACUUCAUAUAAAAAUAAUAAGUGCUCUUCAUCUUCCACGGCCUGAACAAGCUGAAUUAAAAGCCAAUUCUAUUGAUCCAUAUGUUGUUGUACAAAUAUUUGGUGUACCAAGAGAUACAGAUGAAGUACGAACAAAAACUAUUUAUCAUAAUUCGGAAAAUCCACAAUUUAAUGAAGCAUUUGAAUUUGAAAUAGCUUUUCCAGAAUUAGCACUUGUCAGAUUUGUUGUACUUGAUGAUGAUUCACUUGAUUAUGAUUUUAUUGGACAAUAUACCGUACCGUUCGAAUGUAUUCAAACAGGCUAUCGACAUGUUCAUCUUCAUACUAUGAGUGGAGACCUCAUAGCUAACGCCUAUCUAUUUGUUCACAUUGUUAUUAAUAGUAAAUCAUUGGCUAUUCCUCGUCGAUCAGUAUCACGUUAUCAUCGUUCAUUAAUGCGCCGUAAAUUACGUAUUGCUUCGUUUCGAUCAGUAUAUAAUAAACAAAUUGAUGACCUAUUUAAAUCAGUUAUUCAACCAUUAGAAACAGCAUUUGAAUAUCGUCAUUCUGUUGAACAAAGUCUUUAUGGAUUAAAUGAAAUGUGUGGUUUACCUGAUAUAUCAAAUGUAAAGCAAUGUGUUAGAAAAAUUGCUAGUCGAUUACAAAAAGCAAAUCUUAUUGGUGAUGUUACUAUACGAAAUCAAUCUGAUAUACCAAUCUUUGAAUACUCUACUAUAUUACCGGAAUUAUCUCGUCAAAGUGUUGUAGCUUUAGAAGAAGUAAUUAAUCAAUGUCGAGCGUUAAUAGAUAAUGGUACUAUUAUACAUAAGAAGUUAGUUAGUGUGCAAACAGAUAUAUCUGACUUAAGUAAAGAUAUUCCGAGAUUACUUGAAACAAGUGGUUUACGUGGAAAAAAAUUUACUAAAGCUAUUGAUAAUUUUUCAUAUAAUCUUGCACUAUUACAUGGUCAAACUGAUUUAUUAAAUAAAGCUAAACAAGAUGCAAAUAUAACUAUUCAACAGAUUUUUGAAGCUGCUGAAACAACUCAUUUACUUGUAUAA